AUGUCACUCCCUAAGACUACGGACGCGUGGGUCACGAAAGGAACCACUGGACUUGACAAUCUAGUGUUUGAGAGUGGUCGCCCUCUCCCAGCCGUCGAAGAUCAUGAUGUGAUGGUUAAAUUUCAUGGUGCAUCUCUAAAUUAUCGAGACAUCUCUAUUCUCACGGGCUCGUAUCCUUUCCCUAGAAAGGACGAUAUCGUUGCUUUAUCAGAUGGUGCUGGUGAGGUGGUCGCAGUCGGAUCAAAAGUGACCCAAUUCAAAAAGGGCGACAAGGUUGUGACCCUCUUCAACCAAGGCCACCAAAGCGGCUCUAUCAAUUACGCAUCCAUUGCAACUGGAUUAGGCGGGACUACUGACGGCACUUUAAGAGGCCAUGGCGUGUUUCCUGAACACGGCUUGGUUACGAUGCCUUCCAACUUAAACUACCUCGAAGGGGCCACUCUCAUUGUAGCAGGUCUGACAGCCUGGAACGCUCUUUAUGGUCUCGCUCCUGUCAAAGCAGGUGACUACGUCUUGACACAGGGUACUGGUGGAGUUUCUCUCUUCGCUGUUCAGUUUGCAAAGGCAGCAGGAGCGAAGGUUAUCGCGACGACGUCUUCAGCCGCCAAGAUGGAGAUCUUGAAGAAGCUGGGAGCCGAUCAUGUGAUUAACUAUAAGGAGACGCCAAACUGGGGCGAGAUGGCGAAGGAGCUGACUCCAGGGGGCGUCGGUGUGAAGCACGUAAUUGAGGUUGGAGGACCUGGUACUAUGGCACAGAGUCUCAAGGCUGUGCAGUUUGAUGGCAUCAUUUCCCUUAUUGGGUUUGUGGCGGCUGCUACUAAGGAGCAGCCUCAAUUCCUGGACGCCCUAAUCAAUGUUUGUACAGUCCGGGGUCUGCUUGUGGGCAGCAAGGACAUGUUCGAGGACAUGAACCGGGCUAUCGUUGCAAACAAUAUCAAGCCAGUUAUUGAUUCCAAGGUAUUCUCAUUUAAGGAGGCCAGAGAGGCUAUGCAAUAUAUGGCUGACAGGAAGCAUGUCGGAAAGGAGGCGGGUGGUGGUGCUUCACCCUCCCCAGCUGCAUUAAAGAGGUUUUCAGCUGGUGACUACCUCAUGCGUGCUGAGCUUAUUUUUGCCCUCCACUCCGCCUACAGCGCCGGCGGCGCGCAGUUCUACAUGUCCUGCGCAAACAUCCGCGUCACUGGCAGCGGAUCCACAGCGCUCUCCGGAGGCGUUAGCCUUCUAGGCGCGUACUCGUCUGGAGAUCCCGGAAUUACUAUCAACAUCUACGGCUCGUCUGGCAACCCAGACAACGAUGGCAAGUCUUACGUUGCGCCAGGCCCUAAUGUCUUCACUUGCUAG